AUGGGGCACCCCAGUCUGCGCCGGCUGAUGCUCGCUGGCAACAGCCUGGUACCGCAGGCAGCCGGGAUAAGUCCACCUACCCCGAUCGUGGACCGCCACUAUUGCAACGGAAUUAGCCGCCCGUGCGAAUAUCUUGUGGAAGUGGACACCUCCGAGGAGAGAUUCGGCAUCCAUCUGCAGAUCGACAAGCUCAACCGGACUCUCAAAAUUAGUUCCAUUGACAGUGGGGGCUUGAUCGCCCGCUGGGGCGAGGAGCACUCAGAGGAAGCGGUCGCGCUUGGCGACCACGUCCUCGAGGUGAACGGGCUCAGGGCCAUCGACGAAAUCCUUGCCGAGUGCAGGAAGUGCCAGGUGCAGCGGGUAAUCUUCAAGCGUGCUGCCAGCAUCCUGAAAGCGAACUCUCGUAUACAGCUUGUCGAUCACCGAGACCAGCCGCAGGCGAAGGGAAAGCUUGGGAAAACCGUCCAGUGGUAUGGCAGCAUGAUGCGGUGGAAGGUUAGGCUGGAUGACGGCACCGUCCUUAUGUGCCGCAGCACGGACCUGUGCCCGUGCGAUGCCCCGAUUCCCAUGGAGUUCGGAGUCGGGGAGAUGGUACAGUCCCAAUCUCUAGGAGCAAAGGGCGUCGUCUGCGCUGCCCAAGCUACCGGGUCUCCUCAGACGGUGCGCGUCGCUUUCUUCAACAUCGGCCUCCGAGAGGUUGCGCGCGACGGCUUGCAGCUCAUUGCAAAGGAGGAGGGCACCACCGAAGUGGAGUUCUACGUCUUCCUCGAGAAGGGCAGAGGCGCCAAGCUCGGAUUAGACGUCACUGCCCUCCCGGACGGAUGCCUCCAGGUAACUUCGAUUGGCCGGGGUCUGGUGCAG